AUGAAAGGGUAUUCCCGCCAUGGGUCGACUGGCUCGCGCCAGAGCCCGCCGUCUACCGCCCCGCCAUCCGCGUCGCCCUCCGCAUCCCAACAACAGCCCUCUACCCAGCAUAAGCGCGUCUACCAGGCCUGCAUCCCGUGCCGUCGCCGUAAGGUGCGAUGCGAUCUCGGUAGCGUCGAUAACCCCCACGACCCCCCGUGCGUGCGUUGCCGCCGCGAGAGCAAAGAGUGCUUCUUUAGCGCUACGCGCCGCAAGCGCAAGACCGACGACGGCCUCGAUGUCGACGGUUAUCCCGCCGACGAGUACGUAAUUCGGAACGGACGGAAGCGCCUCUUUACCGGCGAUCCCUCUCCUCCGGCGGCUCUCGACCGGCGCCUGUACAGCGAAGUGCCCCUCAUUCCCAGCGGCCAGAUUCGGCGGGAGCCCUUGCGCCGCCCCGAGGGUCCACGCAGCACUACGAGCACCGGCCACGGUAGCACGAGCAGCCGUCACAGCGACUUUGGUGCUGGCACCGGCGACGACUCGAAUGCACAGCUAGAGAACAUCGAGGCCCAAACGGUGAUGCGUAGGGGCGUGUACGGGCCUCACGACGCUCUUGAUCUCCUCUAUAAGGCUGCCACUGAUGGUCCCUUGACGUCGAGCGAUCCGAAGAUAGACGGCCCCACUAUAACCACGACGUCGAUACCCCCGCCUCCGACGACUCGUACCGAUUCCACGCCGCGCCAAAACGUCCGAGACUCGAGGUCUGUGGAUGAGAGGAACGUGAAGAUGGAAGCUGCCAUCGACCCCGCGCUCACCAAGAAGAACCUGUCGUCGGAACCUGGUUACGCGUCGGCCAUAAAGGCAUGGAAUCGCUUCCGGUUUGUCAGGGCUGGCUGGUUUUCUGCCCAGGAGGCGAUCGAAUAUAUAGACUACUACUAUGAAUAUCUCUCACCGCUUACCCCCAUCUCCCCGCCGACUUUCCGCAGCCCCGGCUCCCAUCUUACCCUUCUCACCGAGGAGCCUGUGUUAACGGUAACUCUCCUUACUAUCGCCUCCAGAUACCGAAAGAUACCUGGCACCGGUGGGCUGUCCCGCUCGAAUGCGAUCCAUGAUCAGCUAUGGACAUACUUGCGGGGCAUGAUUGAACGUUGUCUGUGGGGACAGGAGGCCUUUGGCGGCGGCUUAUUGCCCCCAGGCUCCGUCGUCACGGAUGAGACCCAAACAAGCAGCACGGCGCCUUGGCGCGGCCUGCGCAAGGGAAGCCUUCGUACCCUCGGAACGAUUGAGUCCCUGAUGAUCCUUACAGAGUGGCAUCCGCGAGCGCUGCACUUCCCUGCGCCCGAGGCCAUCGACGAGCUGAUGCUUCCGUCGUAUGACCGGUCGGAUCCCGAUUUUGCCUUUGGUGAGGAGGGUGGUCAGCGCCCUGCUGGCGUUGGCGGAAAGAGGAUCGAGAGCUGGUUGGAGCCGGCGUGGAGAAGCGAUCGUAUGUGCUGGAUGCUUCUCAGCACCGCUACUGGUCUUGCCUACGAACUCGGAGUGUUUGACGACAUCGACGAGCUGCUCCGGGAUGGUGCCAUAACGAGACCGGAGUAUGAAGAGGAGACGUACCGCCAGCGCGCAUAUCGCAUCAAGAGGCUACUUCUAAUAUACGUUACACAGCUCGCCGGAAGACUCGGCUGGACUAACAUGGUCCCCGAGUCUCUUCGAAAGAGCGAUCCGGCCGUAUCCCGCCGACGGCCGACAGCUAUGGACGGCGCCACUCCCGGAACGAACCCUUCCUCGCUUUCGAACGCGUUCAAUUAUAUACCUGACUUAGAGCUCGACGACCAGAUUAUCCACUGCUGGGCGGGCAUCAGCAACGCGAUGCACAUUGGAAACGAGAAGCUCUUCCGGUCGAGGCAACACACCACUGACAUCAUCCAGAGCGGCAAGUACGUUGAUCUACUCAAGGAAUUCCAUCCCAUCCUCCGGGACUGGCACACGGAAUUCGAGCGGUUCCGCCUUCCCCCGUAUAUCCGACAUAUCCUCACUAUCGAGUACGAGUAUGUCCGCAUAUACAUCAAUUCGCUCUCUCUCCAGGCCGUCGUCGAGCGUUGCACCAGUAAUGCAGGCAACACGGCCUCUGGAAAUGGGAGCGCGGCGGGGAACGCGCCGCAACUCUCUCCCCAGACCCAAAACUAUUUUGGAAAACUACCCCUCGGCCAGCUGGGUGGCUUCGGUGCAGCCGACCAAGAAUACGUUAAGGAGGUUGUGAGUGGGAGUCGCAACCUCCUCAGGACCGUGGUAGACGGCCUUCUUCCCGGGGGCUAUCUGAAGCAUGCGCCUGUGCGGACGUAUUUCCGCAUUAUCAGCGGCGCUAUGUUCCUGCUCAAGACGUUCGCCCUCGGUGCCCCCCGCGCAGACGUCAAGCUCAGCAUAGACCUUAUGGACAGCACCGUCGAGGCUCUGCGCAACUGCGUGGUCGACGAUGUGCACCUCGGUAUCCGGUUUGCCGACCUCCUUGAGUCUCUGACGAGCAGGCUAAGGAACCGAUUCAUCCAGGCACCGACCAUUGCGCAGGCUGCUUCCGCUGACGCUAGGAGCGAUCAUGAGGGGGCCGCAGCUACCGGCAUGAAUGGCAUUGGCGGCCAGCAUGCGGGCGGUGAUACAAAUGGUUGGGUGGCGGAUGCUUCUAGGCUACGAGACGGCGUUAACGGACAUGACCGUCUCGGCUCUCCCACAAUGGCAAACAUCUCUGCAACACCCUUCGAUCUCAGCACCGGAACCUUCCCCUAUCCCUCCGGUGCCGCCUCUGUACUCAACCCUUCCACUCCGGCCCCGAUCGACAACAUCGCCGAGAACAAUACGACCAACAACAAUAACAACAACAGCAACAACCCUACCAGCGUCUUCGACGACUGGAACACCCCCGGUAACGAGAUGUGGUACCUGCCGCCGGGUCCGGCUUUCUUCCAGAAUAUGGAAAACACGGCGGUGGCCAUGACAGCAGAGGGUGUAAAUGUGGGCGGUAUGGAUUUGCUGGAGUACAUGGUGAUGGAUCAACCUUUUACGAACCUGGAUGGACAUACGUAUGGAGGAUCGUGA